AUAAGACGCAUACAUCGCGCAUAUAUAUAGUUUAUUUCAAGAUAAUAUGGUAGAUAUGGAGAAUUUAGCGUUUUCAGAGUCAUUUACAACAAUGUUUACUAUAAAAAAGACACGUUUUGCUCAACAAUUUCAAGCUUUACUUGAUAAAUCUACACCAUAUAAGGCAUGGCGAUGGGCUGGAUCUCUUGGGUUAUUAGUUUUAUUUAUGAUAAGGAUUUUAGUAGUUCAAGGAUGGUAUAUUGUAUGUUAUGCUUUAUGGAUUUAUCUUUUGAAUUUAUUUCUUGCUUUUCUUACGCCUAAACUUGAUUUUCCGCUUGAACAAGAUUUACAAGAUGAAGAUGCAGAAGUACGAUUGCCUCUUCAUCAAGAUGAAGAAUUUCGGCCAUUUAUUCGAAGACUUCCGGAAUUUAAGUUUUGGUAUUCUGCAACACGAGUGAUUUUUAUAGCUUUUAUCUGCAGUUUUAUUCCUUUCUUUGAUAUUCCAGUAUUUUGGCCAAUUUUGCUGAUAUAUUUUUGUAUUCUUUUUGCAUUUACCAUGCGUAGACAAAUUAAACAUAUGAUAAAGUAUAGAUAUGUUCCUUUUGAUAUUGGGAAAAAACGGUUCUCUUCAAAAUAAGAAUGGUGUAUUAUGAUUAUUAUUCGCUUAAAAAAAAUAUUG